AAUAGCAUGUACGCAAGGAGUCUCUCCGGUUUUCUCACGAAGUCUAUCGCAAGAAGAAAUACGUUAUCUACUUUUAAAUUAUACCUUGACAAUCACCUUAGUCACUGUAAUGUGAACCUUGUACAAUCAUUCAAACCACUACAACGAAACUUCAGCCACCUGGUUUCUGAAAUGUCGAAGAAAGGCCCGACAUCGAAGCAGACGAAGCUACCAUUUCAAGCGCAACCUGCGAAAAAUAUGAGUAGUCAGAAUGACGGUUCUGGUGGAGGUUCGAAAAAAGAAUCUCCCAAGAAACCGCCAGGGUCCCCGGGGAGAAUAACACGACAAGUUGUUAAAAAAGACGAGGAAACAGAGGUUGAAUCAGCUCGAGACACUGCACUGAAUAUGCCCACAGAUGAAAAGCGGAAGCGAUACAAGUGCCGUGAUAGGUAUGAAUUGCUUUCUAACAUACCUCCCUGGAAAACUCAACCAAAGUUAGAUGAAUUGUCUGCAACUCUGCCAAAGAAGAAGAAAAGUUCACCCUUAAAAGCGUUAAAGAAGAUGUUCCACCGGACGCCCCAAUGGCAGCUUCUUAAUGAGGACAAAGUGUGUAAGAAAGAGUAUGAAAUAAGACCUGAUCUCAACGAGAAGGUAUCGCUGUGGAUCGGGGACAUUACGACGCUGGAAAUAGAUGCCAUUGUCAAUGCUGCCAAUGAAAGUCUCAUGGGAGGAGGGGGAGUUGAUGGUGCUAUCCAUUCAGCAGCAGGACCCAAGUUGAAGAAAGAAUGCAAGCUCCUCAAGGGCUGCCCCACUGGCGAUGCUAAAAUAACUGCUGGCUAUGACCUCCCUGCCAAAUAUGUUAUUCAUACUGUUGGUCCAAUCGGAGAAUAUCCCAAAGACCUGGAGAGUUGUUAUGUUGAAUCCUUAAAGAGGAUGAAGGAACAGAAACUGACAACAAUUGCCUUUCCAUGUAUAUCUACAGGAGUAUAUGGUUAUCCUAAUGAGAAGGCAGUCAAAGUUGCAUUGAAAACAGUUCGAGAAUUUCUGGAAGAGGAUCCAUAUGGACCUGAGGUGGAGAGGGUCAUAUUCUGCCUCUUCAUGAAGGUGGAUGUGACUUUAUACAUGGAGGGGAUGAAUGGUUACUUCCCUCUCGGUGACGCAGGGGGUGAGGGUGAAACAAGUGAUGGGGCCAAGGCUACCGAGGAUGGUGACGUUACCGUUACUGAUAAGGCCACAACACCAACUGUUGAUGAAGCUAUUGUAAGCGAUGAAAGCAGAGAGGCCAAAAAUGAAUCCAUGGAAGUGGAUGAUGCAGGAGACAUGGCUAAGGAGAAGGGAGAUAACUCUAAAGUACCAAAGGGCAAUGAGAAUGACAUUGAAAUGAAAGAUGAUCAGUCUGAAAGUCAGGAUGGUUCUGUUGAUGAUGAUGCACAGAGAAAAGCUGAAGGGAAAGAAGAAAGUAGAGUAUCAGAAGAAACUAAGGGAGAUAAGUCAAGUGAAGAAAAGAAGUCUGUUUCUACAAAGAAGGAAGCAGCAGAUAAAGUUGGCGACAGUACCAGUGGUAAAUCAUCCUCAGAUGGCAGUGGAGAACCUGAACCUGUCUCAAAGAAAGAGAAUUCUCACUUAUGAGGAUGGUAUAUUGGAAUAAUGGCGUCUUUUUAAAAUGAGGUGUGAGAAGGGUUCUCUAGAAUUUUAGAAAUUUUAACAAAAUUGAUGCAAAACAUGUCACCAGUGAUGGGAAAUAUAUGCAUGUGUUUCGGAUUUUUGGAGCAUCUCUGAUAUUUAUCUAUAAACGAUCGAUAUUAUUGAUCUCUAUGAUCUCUAUAGAUAGCCAGCCCUACAGUCUGUAGUCAAAAUCAGUAGGAAAGCAGUUGGUUUUGGAUGAUGUUAAGGUGCUGUCCUGCCAGGCAUUCUCGUCAAGGUAGAUGAUUUUGUAUGCAUGUGACUGACUUAUCACUUGCACACUAACAUUGAAGCUCCUUUGUUAGACAUUAAAGCCCGAUAAGGGUAUCUUUAAGAACUAACUCCCUGUGUCCCUUUUGACAUUGUGGUGUUGGUAGUACUUAGUACAUGGAAGUUGUAUCAAGGUAUAACAAGUCUAGCUAGAAGAUGGCUUGUGAAGUCUAGCUAGCUAGAAGAUGAACAGGGCCCCAUUCCACAAAGCGAUCAUACUUAGACUGUCGUAAGUCUAUGUUAAGGUAUGGGCGUUACAAUCAUCUUAGCGCUACGACUGUCAU